CUUUUAAAUAAAAAAAGUAAAGUAAGGAAAAAUAUGCUUUCCCAUUGUUUAAAUGGGCUUGUUGUUUAUUGUCUCAUGAGCCAUAGAAGAUGCUAUCUCGGUGACCUUGAAGAAGAGAGCUUCGCCCUACCUGAUCCUGAUAUUGGAGAGUUUCCAGUAGAGCAGGGAGGCUUAGCUCAAAGACUUGAAAGAGCUUGUUGGAGGAAAAAGUAAGGGCUUGUGAAGUAAAGGAGUGAUACAGAGAAGGCUACUGUGACAGAUGGUUGACUAAUGCUCUUACCGUUACAACGCUAACAGGCGAUUGCCUGCCCAUGCUAUAGCCAUGCUACCUUCCUUUACCCUCCUAUAAAUAAGCUGGCUAACU